AUGAAAAGGUUUGGUAGGUACUUGGAUAAAAUAAAAGAACCAAUCAUGGCAGGAAGCACCCGGAGACAUGUCUUCACAGAAAUAAGUAAAAUUGAUGAAUAUCUUCAAAAGGUUAAUUCGGGAAAACUUGUUGUGGCACAGUUCGGUGCCUCUUGGUGUGCACCUUGCAAAAAGAUGAAACCAAUUAUAAAAAUGUUAGGGGAAGAUAAUGAAGAUAUUGAAUCACUGUAUGUAGAUAUUGAUGAACAUCCAGAACUUGGAGAAAAUGAAGACAUAAAUGAAUUGCCAACAAUUCUACUACGAAAAAAUGGGAAAUACCUGGAUAAAAUCGUGGGCAUGAAUGAAGAAGAAUUGUUACGUGCAGUGAACACACACAAAAUUGAUAACUAG